AUUUCAGGUAACACUAUUUUGAGAUUUAUAUUUGAAAAAAGGUUUAUUUCUGGAAAAAAAGCAUUCCGAUUUGCGAGCAGAUUCACUUCUGAAAAUUGGGAGCGGAUUCCGUAAAAAAUAAAAACAAAAAAAUUGGGAGCGGAAAAUUUGGAAAAUACUGAAGCAUAUGCCUCGGCCAAUCAGCUGGGAUUCCCUUCUGAGAGUUCUGCGCCGUCCCACUUCCUUCUCGUCCAUUUCCCUUACUCGGUUACGCAAAUCAUCUUUCUGCCUCCUUCCCCAUUCCCAUUGGCGCGUUUUUCCUUCCCUUCACUGGAAUUCAAUUAGGGUUUUAUAGUUUCCGUCACUCUCUUCUUUCUCUUUCUCAAUUCCCUCUCCAAUGGAGUCUAUACAGCGCCGAGUGGAGUCGUGGAUCAGCGACCAGAGAGCAAAGAUCUUGAAGGUUUCGUGGGGUCCGCUUCACUGGAGGAUGAAGUGGCCGCCAUGGAUUAACGACGACAGAGAGCAGAGGAAGAAGAUUCAUCAGGAGUACGAGUUUCGGAAGCGCCAGCUCCACGAUCUCUGCCUCGCCGUGAAGGCCGACUCCAUCUCCGACUUGCAGGACAUCCUCUGUUGCAUGGUUCUCGCCGAGUGCGUCUACAAGAGACCUGCUACUGAACUGGUUCGAGCUGUAAAUAAAUUUAAGGCUGACUUUGGAGGACAAGUUGUUUCUCUGGAACGUGUCCAACCCUCUUCAGACCACGUUCCACAUAGGUACCUGUUAGCUGAAGCAGGUGACACCUUGUUUGCUUCCUUCAUUGGUACAAAACAAUACAAGGAUGUGGUAGCCGAUGUGAACAUCUUUCAAGGUGCCAUAUUUCAAGAGGAUGCUACACAGGAUACUGCUUCAAUAGUGACUGCUGAUUUUGGUAAAGUUGAACGUCCAAAGGCUAGUGGAGAACAUGACAAAAUUGCAGUUGAGUCAAAAUCCAGGCAGCAAAAAGAUCAGCCUAAGCCUGCUGCACAUAGGGGAUUCUUGGCUCGUGCUAAGGGGAUACCUGCUUUAGAGCUAUACAAGCUAGCUCAAAAGAAGAAUCGAAAGCUUGUUUUAUGUGGACAUUCACUUGGUGGAGCUGUAGCAGCCCUAGCUACCCUUGCUAUUCUUAGAGUCAUUGCUGCCUCUUCACCAUCAAAAGAGCAUGAGAAAGUUCAGGUUAAAUGCAUAACAUUUUCCCAACCCCCAGUUGGCAAUGCUGCUUUAAGAGAUUAUGUACAUGAAAAGGGUUGGCAGCACCAUUUCAAGACUUACUGCAUUCCUGAAGAUAUAGUGCCUCGUUUCCUCUCUCCUGCUUACUUUCAUCAUUACAAUGCACAGUCUUCAUCAAGGCGUUCUGAGAUCGAUGCUACUGGUCAACCUGUUAUGAAAGAAGAAGAAGGAAUAGAAAAAUCAAAGGAAAACAAGCAGAAAGAUAGCAAGGGGGAGCAACUGGUUAUCGGGCUAGGGCCUGUGCAGACUUCCUUUUGGAGACUUUCUAGGCUUGUUCCUUUAGAGGGUAUAAGAAGGCAAUUCAAUAAGUACACAGGAAAGCCAGUUGAUAGCGAAGAGAGAUCGGCAGCCUCUACUUCAACUUUGACCCCCUCAAUUGAGGAUGUAAUAGAUGAACCACAAUCUCUUGAAAUCCAAGAGGGUUCUGAUGGUAUAUCACUUAAACCAUUAUCUGAGGUUAACAAUGGGAAACAAGAUGAAGCUGUGGCUGAUAACUUAUCUGAGAAGGCUGACAGAAAAAAUGGAGGCAGGAGGAGCUGGCAGAGAGUACCUUAUUUACCUUCAUAUGUUCCGUUUGGUGAGCUAUAUCUCCUGGAAAAUUCGUCAGUGGAAUUGCUAUCAGGUGCAGAAUACUCAAAAUUGACGUCGGUUGGAUCUGUGUUUGCUGAACUAAAGGAACGAUUUCAAUCACAUUCAAUGAGGGCAUAUAGGUCACGAUUUCAAAGAAUUUAUGACUUGUGCAUGGGCGAAGGUGGGUCAGCAUUCCCAGGGAUGGAGCAACUGACACAGUUUCCACAUUUACAACAGUGGCUUGGACUUGCAGCAGCAGGUACUGUGACGCUUGCUCAGAUUGUUGAGUCCCCUGUUAUUCGUACUGCUACUUCAAUUCUUCCUCUUGGAUGGAGUGGUACUCCUGGUGAGAAGAAUGUACAGCCCUUGAAAGUUGAUAUCACCGGUUUUGGAUUGCACCUUUGCACCCUGGUUCACGCUCAAGUGAAUGGUAACUGGUGUUCAACUACGGUGGAGUCAUUUCCUUCGGCACCCACCUACUCCUCCACUCAAGGCAAGCAGCCAGAAUUACAAAAGAUAAGGGUCCUUGUAGGAGCUCCGUUGAGAAGGCCACCAAUAGUGGCCGCAGCAGACUCCUUGAUGCCUCUAUUCUCUUCCAUCAAUUCUGAUGUCAAUCUCAAUGGUGAGCAUAGUUUUCGACACCAGGAAAAGACCCUCCGUCCAGAAGCCUUACUUGAUUUUUCCAUAUUUUGCACGAGUGAUUUUACCACUGUUACAAAGGAGGUUCAUGUUAGAACGCGAAGAGUUCGAUUACUUGGCCUGGAGGGUGCUGGUAAGACAUCGCUGUUCAAGGCCAUAAUGAAUAAAGGCAGAAUUACUGCAAUCACGAAUUCUGACAACAUGCUCAUGGAGGCUGAUGUUCAAGAGGGCAUUGCUGGGGGACUAUGCUAUUGUGAUUCGUCUGGUGUAAAUUUGCAGGAUCUGAAUAUGGAGGUUUCUCGAUUUAGGGACGAGCUGUGGACAGGAAUUCGCGAUCUUAGUAGGAAAGUAGAUUUGAUAGUUCUUGUGCACAACCUCUCCCACAAGAUCCCCCGAUCUAUUAGUGACCCAGCCACAUUGCAGCAACAGCCUGUCCUUGGAUUUUUGUUAGAGGAGGCGAAAGCUCUUGGAAUACCAUGGGUUCUUGCCAUAACUAACAAAUUUUCAGUCAGUGCACACCAGCAGAAGGCAGCAAUUGAUGCCGUUCUGCAGGCAUACCAAGCCUCGCCAAGCUCCACAGAAGUUAUCAAUUCGUGUCCUUACGUGUUGUCUGGUGCUGGUGGAAGUGCUCCUCUCCCAUGGGCUGCGAUUGGUGGAGACUCUAGAGGGAAAGUGGGCGGUCAAAGGCUUUUCUUCUCCCCCAUCAAUCUUGUUCGUAGGCCGUUUCAGAGAAGAGAUACAGUGAUUCCCGUCGACGGUGUCAGCUCCCUCUGUCAGCUUGUCCAGCGUGUGCUACAAAGCAAUGAAGAGGCUGCUCUUGAGGAGCUGGCUCGAGAUAGGUUGUUGGCAGAGUUAGUGAGAGAGCAGGCAUUGGGGGCAAGUGGAGGAUCCGAGGCAAAGGAGUCGUCAAUGACAGCUGCGGCGGUGGGUGCUUCUGUGGGUGCUGGUCUUGGGUUAGUGUUAGCUGUGGUGAUGGGGGCUGCCUCUGCUCUCCGGAAGCCCUGACUCACUAUACUUGGCGAGUAGUUCAUAUUUCUAUGUAUCCUCCAUUCCAUUUCUCAGCUUGACAUUUAUUGAUUUGAUUGCCAUUCUAGACUAGCGCGAUUACUGUAAAUGUAGGUCCAUUCAUGCAUGGUAGAAAAGAUGAAGCCUCCAUUGGUUGAUAAAGUCACUCACUGUAUGUCUAUUUGUAAAUUGCGCAGUAAUAUCAUACCCCAAAUAAUUUGAACGGUCUUUUAGAAAAAAUCUCAGGCAGAAGUGUGUCGCUUGAUACACUUGCAUCACAAGUAGGUACGCUCCCUGAUCGUGGCGUAAACCAUGAAACAGCAAGUACUAGUAGCCAAUCUUAAGAGUAAUUUGGAACUCGAAUUUCAGUACACAGCCCACAAGUGUGGGACUUUCUAGCAAGCCACCCAGCCAACAUUAGAAAGAGUUUGAGCCUAUACUAGAGCAUUUAGUUUCAAACGUGUAAGAUGUUGCCGCCUUGCUGAACAAUGAACAGUAUUCCUGUUCUAGUAGCAAGUUAAAUCCUCCGUCCUCCUCAAAGACAAAGAGUUAGAAAUUCCGGAAAAUGGGGGAUACGAAAUUGUUGCCAAGGGUGGGUUGGUCUCAUCUCAUCUCAUCUCAUCUCAUCUCAAGAGGAGGAGCAGCAAUAGGAACUGCGACCGGCGGCACCAUUGUUGAGGAGGGAGACGGUGUUGGCAGCACUCAAGUCAGGCUUGUGGGAGUCGGAGCUCAAAACCUUCCGGCGGAGGUUGUUGUAAAUCUCUCGGAUCACCACCUCGAACGCCGCCUCGACGUUGGUGGAAUCCAGGGCAGAAGUCUCCAUGAAAAACAGCCCCUGCUCCUCCGCCACCCUCUUGCCUUCCUCUUUGCUCACUUCCCGUAUGUCGUCCAGGUCGCACUUGUUCCCCACCAGCAUCUUCCCCACAGUCGUAUCGCAGUGCACUGCAAAUAUGAUGGAUUAAAUUCCAACUAAUCAAUCAAGAGAUUCAAGAUUAGCGAGAGAGGGGGAGAAUAGAGCUGGGGAAUGAGGAUAUAUGCAUACUGGAGAGUUCCUGGAGCCAGCGGGUGACGCUGUCGAAGGUGGUUUGGCGGGUGAUGUCGUAGACGACGAGGGCACCGACGGCGCCGCGGUAGUAGGCGGAGGUGACGGCACGGAAGCGCUCCUGGCCGGCGGUGUCCCAGAUCUGGGCUUUGAUUUCCUUGCCGUCGAUGUCGAGGAGCUGGGUCUGGAACUCGACGCCGAUGGUGGCCUUGGAGUUGGCGUCGAACUCGUUGCGGGCGAAGCGGGAGAGCAAGUUGGAUUUGCCCACCGCCGAAUCCCCGAUCACCACUAUCUUGAACAGGUACUCCUCGCCUCCGCCUUCUUCUUCUCCGCCCAUUUUUUGGGGAAUUGGCGCAGCGCUGGGGAACGAAUGGAAUAGGAUAGGAAGUAAUGGGCGUGGGCUUAUAGUUACAGCUUAGAACAUGAGAAGGGGGGAGACUCGUGAGUGCAUUGAUUGAGUGCCGAGUGGGGCAGAGGUGACUGACUGACCGGCUGCGCAAUCGACGGGGGUUU